AUGGUCUUCCCCGUCCUCCCCAAAACACCAAUCCCCUCCCUCUCCCUCUCCGCAGCAGGCCUCGUCGCCCUCGCGGACCUGCAGACCAUCGCGCACCGCACCGCCCUCACGGGGACGUCCUCCUGGUUCGACGGCCUCGUCCUCGCGCCCGGGCUGCACUACCAACAAGCCGCGGACGGGGUCGUGGCGGGCGAAGCUGCCGCGAGCGCCGAGACCUCCAAGGCUUUCGACGGGGGUAAUGCCGGCGGUGGUGGGGGGUUGUUCGGCACGGAGGCGCUGCCGGGCGGCGGGGUGAAGAAUGUGAGGAUCACGAACCCGGGGAUGUUGUUGUUCCUCUCGAGGCUGGGGGUCGAGGAUCGGAGGGCGAGGGAGAGGGAGAUGAGGAAGAGUAAGGGCGCGGGGGGGAUCGAGGCGCAGGGAAAGGGGAGCAGGGUUAUCGUGCUCGAUGUCGGGGCCGUGGCGGCGAGGAAGAGGAGGACGAGGAGGGGGAGGGCAUUCGAGCAUGACGGGGAGUGGGAGUUUGAGCGCGGGAGUCACUUGUUGUAUCUCGCCAGCCCGCUGCUUACUCUCGCCGCGCUGACGGUGAUGGUUCUGCUGGGAGAUUGGUGGGGUCUAGCGGCCAUAACGGCCCUCAUAACCUCCCGCCUCCUAAACAUCUACAUCAUCAAACAACGCACGCCCACCCCCCCUCCCCCAUCGCCCCCGUCGACCUCCUCCUCGAAAAUGUCAGAAUACACGAUCCCGCUCUCCGGCGCCCUCACAGUCCGCAUGCGCGGCCCCGCCGCCGACCUCGCCGCCCUGACCACCGAGACCUGGCUGCUCUCCAAGACGGCCGCGCAGGGCUACCUCGAGGCCGUCGCGAAGCUGGCCGUGUACAUGGUGGCCGUCUUCAGCGGGAACGUCUCGCAGGCGGGCAACAUGGUCCUGCUGGUCCUGUUGCUGGGCAGCGCGGGGUUGCUGGGGCUGAGCAACGGGUUCAUGAAGGGUGUCAAGGGGAGCGGGCGGGUCGCGCGGGUGUGGGACGAGACGAAGAUGGCGGCGGGGAGUGGGAGAGGAGGAGAAGGAGGAGGAGGGCAGCAGCUGAGGCGGAGGAGGGAGUUUGAUGCGUUCGUGCAGGGGCAGCAGAGGCCGGCGGUGCAGAGCCGGCGGGAGACGGAGGAUGGGAAUGGAGGGGAGUGGGGGAGUCAGGCUGGGACGGUUGUGAGGGAUUCGUAUCCCUUUGAGGGGAGCGUUGAUUAUACGUAG